UGCCGGGCUGUGGGUGAGUGUAUACCCGUGACCAGACUGAAGCUGGGGAAGCUAAAGGUGGUGCGGCGGCAGCUGCUGCAAAGGUAUGAACACCAGCCGUUUGUCUCCUGUCUGGCCGGCCUCUAUGGUUGCCAAUGGAGACGAUACCAAAGAGCGCGGGCACAACCAGGAGAGUGCUGCUGCAGCAAGGUGGAGUGUGGCAGUUUUGGCCUCCUGAUCCUCACCUUCUUCCUGAGUUUUGUAUUCCUCUAUUUCUGGAGUGAAGCUCAGAAUGACUACAACGACUUUGACUGGUUUAACUUUGGGACUCUUGGUUUCUGGUUUCCCUGGUCUCUGGUCCUGCUGGUUGUUGCUGCUGCUCUCUUCACAUACAUCGCCCUACUAUUGGUGCUGGCAGUGUGUCUGCUCUCUGAAGGUCAGAGGCUUUACCUCCACUGGAGCCACAAGACUGGCAUCGUGGUGACAUUGGCGUUCUCCGUCACAGCCACUGCCAUCCUGUCUGACCUCUGGAGCAAAGAAUGGAAGACUCUUCUCCUCUCUUUGCAGGUGACAGCACCUUUCCUCCAUGUGGCUGCAGUUUCACUAAUGGCGAUUCUCUCCUGGCCAAUAGCAUUACAUUUCUUCCGCAUGAACAAGAGAGUGCGUCAGGUUGCUGUCCUAGGUCUUUACCUGUCCGUGCUGUUCUCUCUCUACCUGGUCCCUCUGGGAAUGUACUCACCCUGCAUUAAAGAAGCAGGAACGCUGGGACCGGCCCCAGCACUCAUCGGACACAGAGGUGCUCCAAUGCUUGCUCCAGAAAAUACAGUGAUGUCAUUUGAGAAGGCAGUGGAAGCUGGAGGAGAAGGACUGGAGACUGAUGUCACGAUCAGUUAUGAUGGUGUUCCUUUCCUGAUGCAUGACUCAACUCUGAGGAGAACCACUAACGUUGCUGAGGUUUUCCCAAAUCGAACACACCUUGAUGCCUCCAUGUUCACCUGGGCUGAGCUACAGCAGCUGAAUGCUGGCGACUGGUUCUUAUCGAGGGAUCCAUUUGGUACAGUGUCGUCCCUGUCUGAGGUGGACCGUUUGCAGGCCCAGAACCAGUCUGUUCCCUCACUGGCCCAGUUUCUGGAGGUAGCAGCCCGUAGUGGCAGACUAGUGCUGUUUGACCUGCGUAGGCCACCACAUGGACAUCCCUACAGUCAGUCAUACAUUAACACCACUCUGCAUGUGGUGCAGGCCCACAUCAACUCCUCACAGGUGCUAUGGCUGCCGUCUGAGGAUAGGGAGUUGGUUCAGGCUAUGGACCCAGAGCUGCAGCAGACCUCUGGAGAAAAAGCUUCUAUUCAGGAACUGACAGAUGGCCACAUCACCAGACUGAACCUACACUACAGCACCAUGUCUCAACAACAGAUCAGUAAGUACCAGUCAGUGAACAUCAGUACUAACCUGUAUGUGAUCAGCCAGCCGUGGCUCUACACUCUGGCCUGGUGUGCUGGAGCUCAGUCUGUAACCACCAACUCCAUCCACGUGCUGUCCAGCAUAAACAAGCCGCUCUUCCUCAUGACUCCGGAGGAAUAUAGUCUAAUGUGGAUUCUGACUGAUGCUGUGUCUGCCUUCCUAAUCAUCACCAUUUUCAUAUUCCAUUGGUGGAGAGAGAGAGGCCUGCCCUUCUGGUCCGGCAGCCGUCAGACUCACGAGAAUGGACCAUACAGCAAGUUCAGGACAGAGCUGAGUGACGUGUGGUCCGUUUCCAGCGUCAAUGUGCGGCCCGAUCUGCGGAGCACGCCCAGUUCACCCACCACCCCUCACCUGCCCACCAUCACAGAGGAGUGACUGGAGGAGAGAGAGACGUACAGAGAGACAGAGAAAGACAGAGAGAGAGAGGCAAGAAAGAAAGGUGGAGAUAGUGAGAGAUGGGGGGGAAAGUACUUGUUUAGAGAGAGUGAGUGUUGAUGCCCCUGAAAACUUGUAUUGAAAAACAUCAAUGGUUGAGUUAACACUCAAAAAUUACAUAUGCUUUGAUUUUAAUUCAGUAUUGCUAAAUUUGUAAUAUAAUCUUUUUUUCAAAUUAAGCCCUGCCACACUUCAAAAAGAGUCAGAGAAAACCACUCACAGUAAGAAGCUGAUUUCAAGGCCUUUAAAUAGAAGAGAAAAAAUAAUAAUGGAUGUUCAAAAAUUGGGACAAAGUGACAGAGAACAGAACAGUAAAAAAGAACAAGUCAAGUAAGAGACAGCAACCUCUUGUCUUUCUCCACUUCCUCUGUCAUCCUCUCUCAGUCUGUGGGCCAAAAUGAACUACUGAACCAAACCUCAUUCGCUGAUCUGCCAUCAGUGACAGAGAAGAGAGAUUCUGGACAUGAGCCCGGGAGCACCAGUGUCCAUUUCCAUACUGUAAUCUCAUAGAUGCCAUUAAAAUGCCGGGGCAGUGAGGACAGUUAAACACUAGCCCAGAGGCUGACAUGCUUGAAAACAUUUUCACCCCUGGUCAUUCAACACCACCAGCUUAUCUCAACAACGCAAGAUGCAAGAAACUAAACCUCACAAAAGAAAGAAGAAAACAAUGAAUAUAUACUGCUGUAGUAACGUGAGUUGCUUUCACUCUUUCUGUCUUGUGUUUCUAGUUGAUAAAAACCAGAUUUCUGACAGAAAGAGCUGUGGAGUCAGGGUGAAGCUCCGAGGGAGUGAAAGCUGAUGGUGAUGGAAACUGUAACUUCAGAGCAGGAGACAUCUGGACAGUGAUAAAAUGGGCUCUGUGUUUCUUCUGUAUGAAAUAUACUUUUUCAUUUUCAGCUCGAUAUCAGGUACAUCAGACCAAAUCUUAAACCAUGUCUUAAAUUUUAAUCUCUGCUUGUCUUUGAGUUGUUGGAUGCAGUGUAUGAACUGUACACUGUUUGAUUGACAGAAUGAAUGUAAACUCGAGGCUUGAGACGGUAUUGUUAGUUACUAUUUCUGUUUGUACUAAAGUGAAUGUAUUAUAAAGUGGGGCCAUGUUUCUCAAAAGCAUAUGAGAAAUCUUCUGGCUGGGUCAUUUCACUUUGGCUACAGAUUUGUGCCAAAUGUUUGCUCAAAUUCGAAAAAGAUGCUUUUGAGAAACCAGACCUUGUACUCUCUUUACAAGGCAGUGAAUACAGCAUCUGCUUUUUCCUCAAAUAUACGCACAAAGUCCUUUCUGGAAGUAUGACUAUAUAUAUUUCAUCUAUGCUACACUCUCCUAACUUUAUCUGGUUUUAGAUUUGAAAUCCAGAGUGUCUUGUUACAAUUUUUCAGGUGUGAAAUCCAUGAGGUUAGGGGCCUUGAUUUUCUGAGGGGUUUUGCCAGUUUCCUGCAUGGUGUUGGAGAUGAAGCAGGACAUGCUGCAGUAAGUGCCAUUAAAAAGAUUGUGGCUUUGUUUUCAUUAUGUAGAGUCAGAAUAAUCUUGUUCACCCACGCACAGUAAAUGUACAGGACUUUAUUUGACAGAUCUCCUUGGAUGCACAUAAUCUACAGGUAUCAGUGCAACGCUGUUCACAGUGGGCCGCUCAUUACAUUUAACCUACAGCCUGAAUCCAUGUUCACAUUAUUUUACCCAACUAUUCUUUCAUUUAGUGUUUAAUAUCCCAUUCUAGGUCAUUCUGAGACUUGGACUUUCAAGUUCAGGAUUUGUUGGAUUUUUGCUGUUGGUCUCAAGUAGACUUGAAGUUGCCCUGUCUUUGUCUGUGUGUGUCCUGUACCAUCUUUCGGUCUAAUGUUGGACUCACACAGGCCUGGCUGUGGUCUAUCUAACUGAGGUGGUGUUGAUACAUGUUUGAAGACAGAUUGUGAAGUUUCUGGAAUAUUUAUUUUGUCCUAAAAAACUUAAACGCAACAUGAGACGCAACAUGGGAUUGUGGUCCAUUGUGGUCAAAAAGAAAAAAAAAAAAAAGAAACAGUGCUAAUACGAUCUAAAAGUACAAAGUUAAAUCAUUACAAUGCAGAAUCUCAUGACUGUGUAAGACUACAAAUGCAACCAAGCAAAUUAAUGUACUGUAUUGUAUUGUAAUAUGAAUAUGUGGUUAGCAUUUAGUUUUACUGUAUUUGUGUUCCUGUUGAGAAUAUAGUAGCUGAUCUGUUGGGUAGGCUAAGCAUUUUAGCUACAGUUAUCAAUCAUUAUAGCUGCACAGCCAUAUUUAUUCUAUUGAAUAUGAUGUUUCCAACAGUAAGACUGUUGUCUGGUGUCAAUGCAGCACUGUUUCGGAGAUGGAUUGCAUUUCCAGCUUUGCAUGUGUUGAAUUUAUCCGGCUUUUGUUUUAUAAAUGCUUUCUUGAAGUGAUACUUAAAAUGUUUUUGGUAUCAAAUUCUCAGCUCAUGUAGACUUAAAUGGUGUCUGUUAAGAGAUUUCCACUGGUUAUUAAUGUGAUGAAAUGUUUUCAUUUGAAAACAAUAUCCUAACAACCAUAGAAACAUCUGUAUUUCCCAGAACACAGUCAGGUAAAAAGGCAGCACUCCAGAGGUCAAAAACACCAUGCUCUGAUGACCGCCUGAUGUGCCGUCUUUUUCCUGACCUCAGUUUUGGGAAAUACAGACAUUGUUGUGUUGAAAGGCAGAGCACCCAGCUGCAGUUCAGUGCAGGAGAGGUGCACCCAUUUCCCCUUAUGAAUUCAUAGAAAUUUCUCAAACCCCUACACUCCACUGUAUAAUACACUUCUGCACUACCCGGCUGUACAUAGUGUCACAUACUCUGACCAAACUCUGGCUAUGUUAUAAAUAAAUCUUAGCAACAUAACAUGGAAGAUAGAAGUUGUAGUCAUAAUUUGACAAAACAGGUGUUGGAACAUACUGAGCAUGCAGAUGAACAGCAGAGAAGUGGGCAACAUGACAGCAGAAACGAUAGCUUUCAUUUUAUCUCUUAGCAAGAGGUCUUAUCAGGCAUCCUGAAAGCAGAGGUUUAACCUCAGGCUCUGUUUUUGCAUCUCAAUCUUAAUAUUUAAGACAAACAUUUGGUUAUGCUAUGACUGUAUUAGACUAUUGUCACGUACAGGCAACCCUUGCAUGCUGCUCUGCACGUUAUUCCAGGAAAGAUAAUGCAAGCAAACCUAAAUUAGUGCAUUCAAAUCAUAAAGAAGAAUCUAGAGGAAAGCCACAUAAGGACAAUCAGUGAUAAUCAGAGGAAAUGUUAAUGACACCAAAUAGUUGUCAGGCCCACAAACUGUAAAAAAAAAAAAAACUUCCCUAUUGGAGCUAAAUAACUUCUCAUUGCUCACUUCAGACUGAUGAACAAAAUUACUUUGUGCAUGUAAAGUUUUUCUUGUUUCUUAGCAGAACUAAAGUGCAAGGCUUUGUUUGAUGAUGUCUUAUUUUCUGACCCAGUCAUCAUGAGCACAACACAGAGUACCUGCUUUACUGUCUUGAUGCCUGUAAUAAUGCGCUAUAGAUAAAAAAUGUGGUUUUUAACGGAGUACGUUUAAAGUCAGUGCCCAUGUCAGGGAAUAAUUAAAUGGAGAAAUGAAUUUUACUCAACUCCUUAUUAAAGCAGAGUUUUAGAUUUGGCUGCAGAAGUGGAAGUGGAGUGAUUUAGGAUUUAUGGCUUGAUACUGGAAGGAGGAUUUGGGCCUGGGUUAGCCAUGUGAUUGGUUUGUACCCUGACACAUUGGCUGUUGUUACACUUGUACUUUACACAUGAAUUGUAUUAUGAUCCCAAUUACACCAGGGUGCCCAAAAGAUUUGUUGUACCAGUAAUACAACGAAAUUACACUGAAAUAAUGAGGUCCAGCAUCAACUGUCAACAUCUCUAAAAAUAAUGUGGACACAGGCUCACGUCAGUGGUGCUGUAUAAAUGCUCAACAUUGUUUUUUUGCUUUAGAAAAAUAACAAAUAAUGUGGGUAUAAUAGACCAGUCUAUAAUUGUCCAGAUGCCAUUAUUUCAAAUGGUUAGAUCCCUGUAGCAUUUUACAUUUUGUGCUUUAUUGAACGACUAUUUUUAUUUUACAGAAGCGUUCACAAUUUUUUUUUUUUUUUUUUUACUGUAACUUUUCUCUGAUUGUAAAUGCUACUGUCAUCUGGUAUUAAAACAUUAGAAAAAAGUA